CGCCACAGAGACCCCGCCAUCCUGGCUGCCGCCGGCGGAGCCCUUCAACCCGCCACAAUGUCACUCUCCGCUACCGGGUAGGCCUCGGCUCCCAAUAAACCGCGCUCUGAUUGGCUGCCGUAGCUCCGGCUCUCUUUGGCGCGUUCCAAUUCUAGUCGCGGAGAGGGGGAGAAGCAAAAGGAAUUACCGUUAAAAUAUACCCGCUAACAUGCAUACAUUUUUCGCUUCUUUUUCCGUGGUUAUAUAUAUUUUGAAAAGCUGAAGAGAAGCGCGAGUUGUCCUUCCAGAGCGCCCUACACCUUCCAAGCGAUGCUUCCCCCUCUGUAGAAUGGACCAGCCUGGAAAGUACCAAAGCUUUUCGCUAGGGGAGGGGUGUGUACGUGGUUCGUGGCUGUUUUCUCCCACACAGCGGUGGGCUUGGUUCUCACAUCCGAGACGCAACAGACAUGCCCCUGUCAGGAAAUGUAAGGUCUUUCAUAUUAUUUGAGGGCUUCGUAAAUGAAAAUAAGGGCUUCCCUCUUAUCCCCCCUGUUCAGGUGUUGAAGAUGGUUCCGUCUGUGGUAUCUGGUUGCCUGGCAACGUGCUGAGACUUCAGUAUCCUACAGGAGAAGAAGGGGGGAUCAGGUGAGAUGCGGGAGAGAACAAGACGAAGUGGGGGAGAGAGAGAGAGAUAAUGUAUCUUAUGCGGGAGGAGAAAUAACAGUCAGUCCCAUUGAGGUCUUGCAGCUUCCACGUGGGACAUGCCCCGAAAUGCUUAGAAUUGCAGCCUCAGUAAUUCGCUGAGGUUGCUUUACUAGUUCCUGGUUAUUUAUUGCAUGAAAGUUCAAAACACUGAAAAAGAACUAAAGUUUAUUUGUCCCUGAGCCAGUAAACUUUGGUACACGACGUCUAAUAUCAUAAGCAAUAAUAACUAACUUCGGCAUUGUGUUCUCAUUCCCGAGGAGCCCCCAAAUCCGAACCCAAUGCUAGUUCUGCUCAGUGUAAUCAACUCACUAAAAUGACUAGCCGGGGCUGACUUCACCCCAUUAAUUUCAAUGGCUCUACUCGGAGUAAAACUUAGCUGCAUGCACACACUAAUUCAGAGCUCUCCCUCUCCUUUAGUGCUGCCAGAAGUGAUUAUUACCAAAAUUAUUACUGUUAUAUACCCCAGUUAGAAGAAUUAAGGGUCUGCUGAGCAGAAAGUGCCUCAAACACAACUAGGCUGGCUAUCACAUUUUGAAGUGUGUAAAGUAGUAAACAUAGUAAUAAUGAUGCUGGUGCUGUUGUUGUUUGUCAUUCAGAAAUGUCCAGAAUGUCCCAUCGCUGUUCUAGUACAUUACCCUUGUUGGCUGACAUCCACGAGCAGAAUGUGGCCUUUGUGCUUUGCACCUCAGAAACUAAGACCGCCGGCCUAUGUAUCUUGAAAGAACUCCUCAUAAAGACUCUUUUUUCGCUGGCCCACAAACCAAUCGAUUCCAUGUUUGGCAUUGUCAGCUGUGCCAACCAGCAGGUAAUGGAAAAAGUAUCAAUCGAGUGGUAUAGAAAAACCAUGCCCAUAUAGGUAUCUGUGACUCUUCCCAAGUAUGUUGAACGCCAAACUGCCAUCCACCCUGGCCAGCAUUCCCAUUGGAGUCCAACAACCUAUGGAGGGUCUCAGGUUCUGCAUACCUGUUCUAGGGGUACUAUCCACAAGCAGCUUUGUGAGCAAUUGGCGCUCUGAAUCAGAACAACAAUAAUCAGUACAUCACAUAUGGACUCCUGGAAAUGUGGGUGGGUGGACUCCCCAAAAUGUGCAACCUUCUUAAUUGUACUUUGUUUUCACCCUUUCAUUUCCCCCCCAGGUGUUAAAAUGGAAGAAAAGUUUGGUAGAAUGUCCCCUCCGCAAUGUCACUGAAGCAGCUGCCUGGAUUAGAGCCCUUCAGAACAGCAGUGGGGCCAGUCCUGUGAUGGCUGUGGCAGCGGCGCUGGAAGACCCCUUUUGCCAAGCAGUGUACCUGUUCACCAGUGGGCUACCUGAGCAUGCUGUGGAGGAAAUCAGUAGUCACCUUAAGGAGGCAGAGCAAGCGCACCCAGUGCACAUAGUAUACUUGGUAGAAAGCAGAGGGGAAAAUGAACACGAGGCACAAGAAAUAAUGGAGGAAGUGGCCAAGGCGUCUGGUGGUUCCUUUCAAGCAAUCAGCCUCAGCUCUGAUGAGGUAAAUGAAAAUUGGGUGAAGCAACGUUGACUCUGAGGGCUCAUUCAUACAUGCCUGGGCACCACUUGAUUUUUCAUCACUUGAUGUGUCAGUCUUCAGUUAGCCAAAUGUGUGAGCUAGUCUCUAUUGGAAAAAAGUGCACUCAGAAAUACUACAAUUAUUUUUGUGGCUUUAGAUCUAUGAUGACUCCUUUAGACAUGCAAGUCAUCGCUUGAUAUUUUAAUGGUCAAAUGAUUGACAUGCAUGUGUGAAUUCAGUCAAAUUGUUGGAAAGGAUGGCAUGAAGUCCUAACAAUGCAAGUAAUUGUAAUGGAUCUUUCAGAUCUCUUACUACUUUGUGAUUCUGUAUUUCCGCAAUUUUCUAGGAUAUUCCUGGCUGCAGUGAAAGCAUUUGCCACUCUGGUUGUAUGUGCAAGCAGCCCUGUUCCUCUCUGCUGAUGGGCCAUCAUGCUACAGCACGGUAAGUUUAAGGACCGUGGAUCUUUUAGGUUAAUAAGUACUUAGAAUGGCAACUGAAUCCGUAUUGGCUUCCAUAUUUCUUCAGCCUUGAUUUACAUAAGUCUGAGUGAUCCUAAUCAUCUAAAAGCAAAGUUAUAUGUAAAAAGUAAAGGUGCCAGUGCUGGUCCACAAGAAAAAGUUCAAAAUCCAUCGUUGGGCAGUAUGUACCUUUUUAUUAGGCAACCAAAAUGUCACAAAAUAAUGAGUAAACUUUUGGGUUCUGCAGAACCCUUCGUCAAUCUUGUCCCGGCACAUGUUAGUUUUCUAUACCCGCAGAUUUCCUUCGGAUGCCUGGAGCCCAGUAAAGGAGGCUUUCAUUGACUGGUCUUCAGAGGUUUACAAUUUGCAGAGGGGGGUUCAAGUCCUCGCCAGAAGAGAGACAGAUGGGUUUUACCAUCUGGGUCACAUUGUCCAAGAGGUUAAGGUGAGCUCAUUUAACUAAAGUAGUGCUUCUCAAACUGGGUUUUAGCAGAUAGUUUUGCUCACUCCCUUCUAACUUUAUUCUCUAGAAUCUAGAUGUCAUGCUUAAAUGCUGCCUACUAUAUAUAAAAUAAUAAUGUUAACUAGUGAAGUGAUAGCCUUGCAUUUUCUGUUGGGGGUGGGGGAAGGGAGUGGAAUGGGACUCAAAAGAUAAAGUAAGAUUACAAGCAGUGAGUUUUUUUGUGAUGGUGCUCGCCAGUACCAUGUCAGUUGCCCUCAAGACCACAAGGAGGGGAAGUUUAACUAUUUCUUAUCUAUGCCAUCAUAUGAGAUCCUUAUUUCUGUGCCUCCUCCACGAGAGGGCCAGAGCGUGGCAACACAAGAAAAGGCCUUUUUGGUGGUGGCUCCCCAUUUGUAGAAUGUUCCCCCCAGGCAGGUUUGGCUGACACCUUCCUUAUACACCUUUAGGUGCCAGAUGAAAAUGUUCCUUCAACCAGGCCUUUGGCUAAUUAAACAAUCUAUGGCCUUUUAAACUGUGUGUUAAUAUAUUAUGUGUAUAUAUAUAUGUGUGUGUGUGUAUUGUAAUCCUUGGAUGAAGGGUGGUAUAGAAAUUUAAUAAAUGAAUGAAUACGUGGCAACAUUGCUGGCUUAAUCUUGCAGGGCUCCAGAGAACACAUUCUGAUUGAGUUCCAAAGAUCUCGGCAGUCCCGGAAAGGCAAGAUCCUGUGUCGGAUGCAAGAAACGCCCCUUUACGAUGUCAUCCAUUAUGAGGAUGCCAGGUGGCAGCCCUUAGCUCCAGGAGAUGCAGUCCUGGCUCCAUGGGACAAGAAAGGUGAACGAUAUGGUCCAGGCGUGAUCCUUCAGGUUGCAGAGGCUGGGCCUUCUCAUUCAGGUGCUGCUUGUUUUGUGCCCUUUCCUUUUCCUUUCCUUUUAAUUUAAACGUUUUAUUAAUGACAAAACACAACAACAGAAACAUCUGGCAAAAGAAACAUCCAAGUUUGAAAAAGAGCUAGCACAAUAAAGGAAAACAUAUCUCAGGAAUAUACAACUAUUUAUUAGAAUGGGAAGUGAAAGAAGAGCAAGUUAAAGUUGUAAUGGUGAGAUGGGCACAAGAUCUUGGAUAUAAUAUCCAUAUGGAACAAUGGGAAAGAUUAUGGAGGAAGAAUAUAAAAUUCACGGCGUGCUAUAAUCUUAGGGAGAACGUAAUGAAAAUGCUUUAUACAUGGCACCACACUCCAGCAAAACUUGCUAAAAUGUAUAAAGGUAGAUCACCAACCUGCUGGAGGUGCAAAAAAGAGACAGAGAGAUACUUACACAUGUGGUGGAACUGCACAGUCAUCCGGGAAUUUGGGGACAAAUUAUAUAAUGAAUUCAAAAAGCUAUUCCAAUUUACAUUCAGAAAAAGACCCAAAGCCUUCCUUCUAGGAAUAAUGUCAGCGGAAAUCAGAAAAGAUAUAAGACCAUUGUUUAUGUACGGAACAACAGCAGCCAGAAUAUUAGUGGCAAAAAAUUGGAAAAAUGAAACACGACCCACGAUAAUAGAAUGGCAGACUUAUGAUUGAAUACCUUGAACUGGCAAAGAUGACGGGGAAAGUAAGAGGGCUGUCAAACCAGAAAGUAUACAAAGAAUGGAAAAUAUUCAAAGAUUACCUAAAAACAUAUUGUCCAUAAGCCCCUGCAGUCAAUCAGAAGCCGUGCCUUGGUUUGGUUUGUGGAAUACAACUGCUGUCCUAGCAGAGUGGCAUACAUUGUGCUUGCUUCUAAAAUAUGGUUUCAUAUGUAUUUCUGUUUACAGCCUUUAAAAACAGCAAAGUGCUGGUGAAUUUCUGGAAUGGGCAGACUAAGAACAUGUCUGCAGAUGUUGCUCUGAAGAUCCCUCCUUCUUUGAGUGAACGCAUCGUCCUUGAGCUUCAGAUGCCAUUAGCAGCCAGGCAGAUGUUAGUGGAACAGAAUCCAGAUUAUCCCUAUGUUGUGCCACCUGGAUACAGAGCUUCAGGGCCUUGCCAGCGGAGCUAUUUAGGUGAGAUGCACUGGCAAGAUGCUCCAAAGGACUGCUGUGUUGGUGCUGGCUGCAGCUUUUCCCAUCACCCGUUUUGCCACUGCUGCUUCCAGGCUUGGGAGUCCUUUAGGUCUCCCAUUUGCACAGUGCAACAAGAUGAUGCCUUGAUUCCCGGAACCCAACUGACAAAGGAAGAACUGAGCAGGAAGAUAGAGGAGCAGCUUUCAAAGGGAAGGCUUCCUAUUUCAGGAAGUAAUGAGAAGGAACAGAGCAAGAAGCUGAAGGAAGCAGAUGACGUUGCAGAUUUAAAAUCCCAGGAGAUGGAAAGCAAGUUUACAAAACCAAACAAGGUAUGUCAUCAUGUUUAUGACAGCUGCAAAAGUAUUAUAAUCCUUGGUCCUUUUAUCUUGGGUAAGGAUUUGUUUUCCCCCAGAGUACGGUCACACAAUGUUAUAAACGUUGUUGAAAAGACCAAGGAUUCCAUGUACCUAUGUGAUGAUGCUGUAGAAACUCAGCACAGUAUAGUAAGCUUUCCCAGCCCAACCACACAAAGUCAAUUAGUGUUUCAAUCACUGUCACUCUCCUUUGUGCUCUUUAGCUUUUUAUUCUUUAUUAAUUUUACAGGACCAUUCAAGAGAGGGAGUGACAGAAGCUUCACAGGAAGGCACUGGCACCAUGGUUGAUGUAGCUGUCAACACAGACAAAUGCUUAACUCAGCAUAAACAGCAAAGACGAAGAGGUAGGCAGCUGUGAUGAAGGCAAUCCGAGGUCUCACAGUGACUUUCCAAUAGGAAUUGAAAUAAAAGAGUAUCAGCCAGCAGAUUGGCAUAAUCAGAUGUAUGGUUGGCACAUCACAUGCUCCUUCCCCUUUCCUGUCUGCCAACCCCCCAGGCUGCUCCUUAAUACACAAACCAGCAAGUGCGCAUUCAGCUUCCUCCUGCUGACAACCAGAAGUGCCCUCCUGGACCAGUCAAAGGCUGGUCUACCCUGGCGUCUUGUUUCCCACAAUGAUUGACUAGUCACUUUCAGGUUUCUGUAGAUUUGAGCAUUUUCUUGAAUGUGUCUCAUCAGAUCAAAGUCUUCAUAUAUCUGUGCCAUUAUUUUUAAUGACUUGCCUCACUCUAACAUGGACUUUUUUUUUCAUACGGUAGCCCUUUCCCAGUUCAACAAAAUCCCACUUUCUGCCCAGCCAUGCCAAAGGAGUCCUUCUCGGAAGACGUACGCUGCAGAUCCUUCCCAGCUCCAGGCAAUCUUUAACUGGGUGGACCAGUCACUGAAGGAAGACUAUUCUGCUGUCAAAUCGGUUUUGCCCAUCAGAAGAAGCCACAGUGCACCUCCCAUACAGGUGAGGACACCCCUCUGUCUCGGCCUUUCUAAGCGAAUGACCAGACCUGACUUACCUGAAGGAGCAUUUCGGUGUUAGUUUGGAACAAAAGUCAAUAAGAGAUUAGUCCACUCCAGAGAAACCCAUCCCAUUAUGAAGGAAUCCCUUAUUCCCUUCCAGAAAAUAGUGACAAAAGCAGUGACUCGAGAUGGUCCAAGAGAGAUGGGCAUCAACACAGCCAGGAUGGAGUUCAAACGGCAGAAGAUGGAGCAGAGGCGGCGUAAGGAGGAGCAGAGGCGGGAGGAGGAGCACCUCAGAAGAGAACUGCUGCUUGACAACAAGAGGUAAUGAACGGAAGGGGUUAAGGGAACCUCUUCCAUCCUAGAGGGGCCCCAGAAGUGACUUCAGUCCACAUUGCUUAAAAUUUUGGGGCCUAAUAGACCCCAUUUGAGCCACACAACUCAAAUUGAUUAAUUUUUUGCUGUAUAUAUUUCAACAAUCCCAAAGUUUGAGAGUCAGUAGCACAGUUGAUGUAAAGGUGUUGAAGUACCGCAGUACAGCAACUUUAAGCAAAAUCCGAGAUGUAGUAAUAAAUUUGUUUUUAAAAUGUGGUAAUCUGUUGUGGAACAACCCUAUUGAAGAAGAUGACAGUGGGUUACCCAGACCUCAUUCUGGUCACAAAGCCCCCCGCCCUGUAACAGUCCAAGCUUCAGGGCCCCCAAAAUGUAGGUCCACCACUGCUUUAGGCAGAUCCUCUGUUUUAUGUAACAGGCUGAGCAUGACAGACUAAAUGGCACUUUACUUUCUUUGGAACUUCUUCAAAAUAGGCAGAGGUCACUCCAGCGAACCUUGGAAGGCUCUCAAAAGCAGCAGGAGAACAUUGGGAGCUGGACCAAGUGGCAUACAAAGAAGCAGCUGCAGGUUGCAAGAGCAGAGACAGGGAGAGGGGAAUCCCGCUCCCAGGAAGACCUAAAGAACAAAGAGGAACAAAGGCUGGAGUUCUUAAAGGCACAGCGCAAGCAGAGGGAAAAGCGGCUGGCAGAACACCAGGAAAGAAUUGAUGACCAUGAGAAAAAAAGACUGGUGAGGACUGUUCUCUUUGGCUCUUCUCCAGUUUCUCAAAAUAUUCUAAUCGCAUGGAGCGAGAUGACAAGCAGGGCAGGUUUACCUGCACAUCAAGAAAAUCCACCUUCUGAGCCAAGGAAAUCCUGACUCUGCACUCAGAUAAAUUAGGUCUUCAGAACUGCUUUAUUUGCAGAGUGUACGUAUUUCGACUGCAAAUACGCUGUAAGGGGGGAAAGAGCUUAAAGUCCUUUUUUGUGUUCUUUUUUUGCAGGAGCUGCUCAGGAACAGAAUGAAAUCCAUGCAAAACAACUUGGAAGCCGCAGCUCAGGAGCAGGACACACAGAGGAAAGAGAAGGCGGCUGCCAAAUUGCAAAAGCUUCGAAAUCAGGACCGGAUGUCCCAGCAGGUGGAGAAAGAGGAGCAGAAACACAAAGACCUCCAACAGUAUCUCAGAGAGCAGAGUCUCCUGGUGCUGCGUGCCUCACUGUUGCCAUAAAAACAUUGUCAUCUGAAUAAGCCCACUUCUGGAACAAAGCUCUGUUACUAAUGUUUGUACGUGCAAGGCAGUGGGAUGUUGAGUGCCGCAGAAAUGGCCCCACUGAGGCCAUCUUCAGACAGUGGCUUAUCUGAGAAUGGGAGGGUAGUAUUCUGAACCAUAACUGCUUGUAGGACACAGUUUUUUGGUGUCCUAUCCGCUUGUGAUCUAAGUGGUUCACAGUGGGUCUGCGUCAUGCUUCAGGCUGUUCCUGGACAGAGGAUCAGCUGGUCCCCACACCAGGGAUCGCCAACCUUUUCAGACCAGUGGGCAGAUUUCAAAUUUGGGGAGAGCUGUGGGUACCAGUCACUAAAUGACUGACAUGUGGGCAUGGUGUAAUGCAAAAUUAGAGAAAGCCACCCCCCACCACCUUCUGCUUAGCACAGGAAGCCAAUUUCCAGUGCUAUUUCUAUUUCCAAUGCUGUGCAAGCUGGAACGUGUGCAGAGGAAACCAAGCCUUAUGACGAACGGUUGAGGGCGCUGGGUGUGUUUAGCCUGGGGGCGGGGAGGAGUCUGAGAGGAGAUAUGAUAGCCUUCUUCAAAUAUCUAAAGGGCUGUCACAUGGAGGAUGGAACAAGCUUGUUUUCUCUUGCUCUGGAGGGUAGGACUCAAACCAGUGGAUUCAAGUUACAAGACAGGAGAUUCCAACUAAACAUACGAAAAAACUUUCUGACAAUAAGAGCUGCUCGACAGUGGAAUGGACUCCCUUGGAUGCAUUUGAUGCUUUCGUUCAGAUUCCUGCACUGAAGAUUGAACUAGAUGACCGUCGGGGUCCAACACUACAAUUCUAUGAUUCUGUGAUUCUAAUUGAAGUCUGGAGUUUCUCAGUGCCAAAAGUAAGCAGAGACCAGCAGAGCUGGCUCCAGGUUUUGAGUAGCAUCAUCUUGGGCAAAAUGCCCCGUAGCGCACACUAGCCAUGCUGCCACCUGUUGCAAUAGCAGCUCCUCCUCAUCCGGACAACGGCAUAGGACCAGGAGUGCUAACUGCAUGGGGUGCCCAGUGCUGCCACCAUCCAGGAAAGAAAAGAUGGCUGCUUUGUUGUACUGAGGCCAGUGUCAGGCCCUCCCAGGGCUCUGAGGCCUCAGCAGCUGCCCAAGAACACUAGCCUCUAAGGCCAGCCCUGCAGACCAGGUGGAGCAGACAAAGAACUGUUUCUACUACAGACCUGUCAGUGGAUAGUCCAUCAUAUCAACAUGGUGCAACAAGCUCAAGUUCCGCAGCAAUGUUCAGGCAUCUUUCUCUGUGGCUCAUUGGCAAGUCCGUUGUGUGUGCCGUGCCACAAGCAAUAUGUCACGGAAAAGCAGUGUGAGGGGCUGCCGUCCUCUUUCGUCUAAGCAAUGCUGAACCACACAAAGGGCCUCUUCCCAUUCAAAACUGUUUAUUCAUAAACCCGGUUUCCCCAGUAUCAAAGGUGACAUUUAGAACCAAGUCGAUCCAUUUGUAAAAACAAGUAUUUUUUAAUUCCCCAUGUGGACAGAAGCAGCUGCUUAGCAGCAUAAGAGCAAAGAGCACCAAGACGGAAUUUCAAACAUGUCAUGUUCCAAGCACAUUUUAGACAAAUUUAACAGAAGAUAGGCAAGAUGCUUAUCAUGCACCAUACCAAUAUUAAAUGAAGAGUGUUUGCUUUUCAUACUGAAAAUACAGUUUGAUGUAUAAGCUGCCUUUACCUUUCCGAUUCUUGGCAAUGGAGCAAGGCAAGUGCUGAGGCUGUAAACAGGCAUGAUGUCCUUAAAGCUUGCAAUAUUGGGGAGAUGGGAACGGUCUCUGGUAGGCUCACCUAUCUAGAGGUGACUUGAUAGGGAGCCCAACCCACACAGGGCCGUAAUUUCCUUUGAACUACAGGAGAACUGCAUUACCUAAAACCACCUGUGGCUCCCUCCAGACCUUGCUGUACCCCAGCUCCCAUUAGCCCCAGGCCAUCACAACCAAUGGUCAGAGAUAAUGGGAGUUGUAGUCAAGCAAUGCCUGGAGGGCUACAGUUUCCCCACUCUUGCCGUAAUGGGAAUAGAGAUCAAUUAUCACAAUCCAAAUGGAGAUGUUUCAGCCCCUGAACACUUCUGGUCUCAAUAUGGAUAAACUGAACAGCAAUUCUCAGCCAAGUCUUCUGGUUUUAAACAUAGAAGCUGAAAGUCACCCGACGGGUAGCAAAUGAGCAGUUCUUCAAUAAAAGGGCCUCAAAAGACCACCCUAACCAGUGUCCGUCACUGUGCCAGGAGGGGACUUGGAGCUUUGAUUAGAAAAGGUUUAGCUGCCUUGAGGAUAUCCAGUUCAGGGUCCAGUGAGCGUCCAAGGCCUUCCAAAACCAUAAUGGCAAAGACCACAGAGGCAAAGUUGCUCUCCAGCUUUACCUGGAAGCACAAAAGACAUCAAGAAGGUAAAAGUGGAUCAUUGCUAUUUGGAAAUUAAUACCAAGUCUUAUUUGCUCUGCAAGGCAAGAAAGAGAUUACAGUAUAUGUGACCACAUAUUGAGAGCCCUAAAAAUGCAAAUAUUUUUUUUCCUGUUGCUUUCAUUGAUUAUUCUCAUAUGUUCACUGAUAAACACGUCUAACAUUUAAACCUAGCAUCCUUAUACAUUCUGUUCAAUCCAGCUGGCUGUGUAGAAUUUCCAGUGUGUAUGUGGAAGGGAAAGAGGAGCAAGGAAAUGCAAUUUAACUUACACUUCUGGGUUUCAAUGCAUAACAUAGCAGCUUCUGAGCACAACACUGACUCAUUUUUAAGGCUUUUUGGCACUUUUGAAUUUUGGACUAGGAUUAGAAUAUGCAAUCUUUCAAACACAUCUGCAUUGCAUAUUCAAGCUUUUUCUGUUCCAGUAAGUUCCCCAUUCCAAGUUAAACUCUGGUUAAACAUCCUUCAGGUGACAUGGCCUGGUGCAGCUGUGAAGAAGAAUAAACCUAACACAGAGAUGAUCUCACCUGAUGCGUCAUCAGUAACUUGAAAACACUGGACAGCAGGCUUGCUACUUGGAACUAGAAUGCAAAGGGGUUUAAAAUGUCAUUCAUUUCAUUCAUCCAGACACUGUAACUGCAAUAGAUGGUCCAUUGGCCUGAUCCAGCAGGCUCUCAUUAUUACAUCUUGUUGUCUAUGAUACAAAGAUAUAAAAAUCUAGAUAUAUUGCAUUUAUUAAUUUAUGCAUUCAUAUAUUUGCACUGUUUACUCAUAUUGGAACAUUUAGAAUUAUAUAUAGUGUCAGUUUAACAAGAGAAGAAACAGUAAUUGUUUUUCAUUGUUUUAAUUUUUGGAAUUUGUAGCAUGCAUAAUAAAAUUAUAUAUA